AUGGGCGGCCCAGACCUCCACAGACAGGGGCUCGAGUCUCCGCCUUGGCUCUAUGUGAGUGCAGUGUGCAUGGACUUCCUCCAGAUUCUCUCGUUUCACCCCCAAAUAUCUACUGUGGAAUUCUUCAAGUUCCUGGGUACCACCAUUUCCCAGGACCUGAAAUGGGAGACCGACAUCUCCUCCAUCCUCAAAAAGGCCCAGCAGAGGAUGUACUUCUUGAGACAACUGAGGAAGUACAGUCUUCCACAGGAGCUGCUGAUCCAAUUCUGCACUGCAGUCAUUGAGUCUGUCCUCUGCCCCUCCAUCACAGUCUGCCUGACUGUCCUCAGGGAGGCCAGGCCCGGACAGGGCCAAGUCCCUGCGGUGGUGGGGGGCGUCUCCGGGGAGCACGAGAGGACGAGUCAGCUUGUGAAAGGGGGGCCGGAGUCUCUCCUGCGCUCCCUGCACAUCCAGAAGGACCCUUCUGUCUACAGCUACAUCAAAGUGGGAGGACAAGUCAAGUCGUCCAUAAAUGACAGCGCGGAUUUCAAAGCUGUGGCAGACGCCAUGAAGGUGAUCGGCUUUACUGCUGAGGAGAUCCAGACGGUCUACAAGAUCCAGGCCGCCAUUCUACACCUGGGCAAUGUGAAGUUUGGCAAUGACGGGGACACGACGCUGAUCGAGAAUGGGAAGCUGGUGUCCGUACUGGGCGAGCUGCUGUCCACCAAGCAGGACAACGUGGAGAAGGCUCUGCUCUACCGCACCGUGGCCACGGGCCGUGAUGUCAUCGACAAGCAGCACACGCCGCAGGAAGCCAGCUACGGCCGCGACGCCCUGGCUAAGGCGAUUUAUGACCGCCUCUUCUGCUGGAUCGUGGGCCGGAUCAAUGACAUAAUUGAGGUUAAGAACUACGAUGCCAAAGUCCACGGGAAGAACACGGUAAUCGGAGUGCUGGACAUCUACGGCUUUGAGAUUUUCCAGAACAACAGCUUCGAGCAGUUCUGCAUCAAUUACUGCAAUGAGAAGCUCCAGCAGCUCUUCAUCCAGCUGGUGCUGAAGCAGGAGCAGGAGGAGUACCAGCGCGAGGGAAUCCCCUGGAAGCAUAUCGACUACUUCAACAACCAGAUCAUCGUGGACCUGGUGGAGCAGCAGCAUAAGGGCAUAUUUGCCGUGCUGGACGAGGCCUGCAUGAACGUGGGGAAGGUGACGGAUGAGGUCUUCCUGCAGGCCCUCAACGGCAAGCUGGCCAAGCACCCCCACUUCACCAGCCGCAAGCUCUCCCCGACAGACAAGGGCCUGGAGUUCGACCGAGAUUUCCGCAUCCGGCACUAUGCGGGCAACGUGAUGUACUCUGUGGUUGGUUUCAUUGAUAAGAACAAAGACACCCUCUUUCAGGAUUUUAAGAGGCUGCUGUAUAACAGCUCCAACCCCGUGCUGAAGGGCAUGUGGCCGGAGGGGAAGCUGAGCAUCACGGAGGUCACCAAGCGGCCCCUGACGGCCGCCACGCUCUUCAAGAACUCCAUGAUCUUGCUGGUGGACAACUUGGCUUGCAAGGAACCUUACUAUGUUCGCUGCAUCAAGCCCAAUGACGUGAAAUCACCGCUGCUGUUUGAGCCGGAGCGCUGCUGCCACCAGGUGGAGUACCUGGGCCUGCUGGAGAACGUGCGGGUGCGCCGCGCCGGCUUUGCCUACCGGCAGACCUACCCCCGCUUCCUGCAGAGGUACAAAAUGAUCUCUCAGUUCACCUGGCCAAACCACGAGCUGCCGUCGGACCGUGAGGCCGUGAUGCGGCUGCUGCAGGGCUGUGGCUUCGAGCAUGACGUGGCGUACGGGAAGACUAAGGUGUUCAUUCGCACGCCACGCACGCUCUUCACUCUGGAGGAGCAGCGGGCAGAGAUGGUGCAGCGCAUUGUCCUCUUCCUGCAGAAGGUGUGGCGUGGAACAGUGGCACGGAUGCGUUACCGGCGCAUGCGAGCCGCGCUCAUCAUCGUGCGCGCUUACCGCCGCUACAAGGUCAAGUCCUACAUACGCGAGGUCAACCGGCGUUUCAAAAACGUCCGUGCCAUGAAGGACUACGGCAAGCACGUCAAGUGGCCCAUGCCUCCCAAAGUCCUGCGCAAGUUUGAGGAGGCGCUGAGGAGCAUCUACAGUAGGUGGUGGGCCUGGACCCUCAUUAAGAGCCUGUCCCCCGAGGAGAUGCUGCAGGUGAGGGCCAAGGUAGCCACCCUGGAGUCUCUGAAGGGCCAGAGGACUGACCUGGGCAUACAGAGAGCUUGGGAAGGCAAUUACCUGAAGCGAGAUAGCCCCGAAACCGCAUCGUCCUUCACUUUGGUGUCAAGCGACCUGCAGCGCAAAGACAAGUUCAUGAGGGUUCUGUUCUCUUCCAACGUGCGAAAGAUCAAUCGAUUCCAUAAAUCUGAAGACCGGGCGGUGCUGAUCACUGAUCGGCACCUUUACAAAAUGGACCCCCUAAAGCAGUACAAGCCCAUGAAGAGCAUCCCGCUAUACAAUGUGACCGGGCUGAGCGUGUCCCCUGGGAAGGACCAGCUUGUGGUGUUCCACACGAAGGACAGCCGGGACCUGAUCGUGUGCCUGCAGGGAAUGGUGCCCGCUGGCGAGAGCCGCAUCGGGGAGCUGGUGGGCACCCUGCUCAGCCACUUUAGAAGUGAGAAGCGGAAGCUGCAGGUGAGCGUGGUCAGUCCCAUCCAAUGCAGCAUGAAUGGCAGGAAGUGCACCGUCGUCGUGGAAACCAAGAUCAACCAAUCUCAGCCGGACUUCAUCAAGAGCCGCUCUGGGUACAUCCUGGCUGUGCCGGGGAGCUAAGAAGGGCCGGAAUGGGGGGUUCUCUUCAGAGCCGCCUUUGAGGACACGUUUUCCUGUUGGUAUCCUUAUUAAGGGAGUCAUUUUUAAUUGGGGAAAAAUAGAUGAAAAAUUGUUAAGAUAUACACAGUGAUGCCAUACCAAAGAAGAAGAGAACAAAAGGCGAAUUGUGGAAAAAUCUUAGAUAUGCUUCCUCCUUGCCACCCGAACAGCAUUUAAGAUGUGAUUUUUAAUCGUGUAUGAAACACACACACACCUGUACAUAACUCAUUAAUGUCAGUUUAGAAACUAAUAAUACUGUUUCCUUUUUUUUUCUAUAUUUUUUUUAUGUGAAAAGAGGCAUUUUGUUCAAGAUAUCUGGCGUAACUCAAGAGUCAUUAUAUAUUUUGUUGUAAUAGCCACACCCCUCUUUCAAAGACCAUGUGACAAUGGCCUGCCCAAUCACACGUGUAGCCUUUGUGUGCCGGUCACUGGUGGCACACCUUUCUGUGCACAUGCUGACUGCCAAGGAGGGAGCAAAGAAGCAGGUAUAUGCCACCCUAAGCAGAAGCAUGUGCGUGUGGCUCUGCACGUAGCACGUGUCCUACAGGCUGGCUUCAGAUAUUCAAGGAACAGUGCCUGUAGUACUCGUUUUAAGCAGCAUUCUAAUAUCUGUUAGCUUGGCUUGAUGAGCUGGGUGUGCUGAGCAUAUCCUGAUAACCAAAAACUGCUUUUAAAGAAGCAGCGAAAUAUCUUAAUUUAUAUGCAUUUUUGCACCUUUUCUUAUCCUUUUGUUUAUAUAUGUUGUUUAUAUAAAUUUACCUACACUCAGUGUGUGCGUGUGUAUGAAUGAUAGGCAUUCCCGUGUGUGUGUGUGUGUGUGUGUGUGUGUGUUAUAUUCACACACCCACUAAAUGCUAAUGAUGACAGCAGACAGGAAGCAUUAGUGUGUGUCCUUGCAUAGUGUCUCGCUGACUCUGAUUAUAACCCAGUCGAUGGCUGCAGCACUCCCACAAUGCCGUGCAUGCCUUAGUAUCCGGAUCUCAGGGAGACAUACAGAGAUGGCCAAUGACUGUUCGUGUCAUCCGUUCAUGUUUUCUUUGUGAAAUGAUGGGCUAUCACUAGGCAAUUGUGCAGUAUGUUGUCUCUCAGAUUUUUACUUUAGUCAGUAUGUUUUAUUUCCUUAAACCUGCUAUAGGUUACACAUGGGCUUGCAGGUCCUAAUAUCCUUGAAUCCCAAAUGUCUCUUGAUCAGCUCCAAAACAAGUGAGAUCAAACACAGCUAAUUAUUAUCACUCCAAUAUCGCUGUGUGCAUUGUGUUGCAGAUUACAGACUAUAAUGCUAAUGAUGUUGUAUUUAACAUACAAGUCAACAAAUCUACAGGUCAUCCCAAUAUGUAGUUUUACAAUGUCUUAGCUGAAACUGCUCUCUGAUGGAUUGUGCCCCUGCUAUAGUUUCCUUAAGAUCAAGGGUAAAAAGGUCUUAAGGGGGUAUAAAGGGCCGUUUAAUUUGUGAACUGUCACAAUGGUGGUAUCACUUAACGUUACCAUCUAGUUUGUCUCUAGCCUGAGUUAAUUAGCUGUUUGAGUCCUGCUCUGGAAUAGUCUAACCAAAUCAAUGCCUUGGUGGAUUAAUAUUUUCACAGCUCUCUCUCUGUAGUUAUAUAUAAAGAUGUAUUUAUAUUAUAUGAAUGACAGGACUUUCCCAUCAUGCAGUCUUACUCUCGUUGGUCAAGGUUUUGGAGUCUCCCAAUUCAAAUGACAUUAAUUAAACACAAAGCUGUUUCCUCUUCAGCAACACUCUUUAUGAUGUAGUUGGCAUGGUAUAUAAAUUUUCUUGUAUUCUGUUGCAUUGGACUGGCUGUUCAGAUUCAGAGUUAAACAUCCUUCAGACUGUAGUUACACAGGUAAUUCAGUUUAUGAAAAAGACAUACUUUUCAAUUAUCAAGGGAGAUCCAGCAUAAGUCAAUCUAUAACCAUGAUGAUGUCAAAAUGACAUUACAUUACCACCAUUCGUGCUUUCAGUCCUCAUUCAGUGUAGUCUUUCAGAGUAGGGUACUGAAGUGAAAAUCAAAGGUGUUUAUUUGAGCUUAUUCCAUUAUUUGUGAGCAUGCUUGUGAUCCACAUGUUUCUGAUCAUUGUGCCCCCCUCCUUUCCUCUGCGCUUCAACAAGUCUCUGUGCAAAAUGUUGACUCUGUUUGACUGAAAGGGAUGUGGGGAGUUUUAAAAGGGAACUCCCAGGGUGUCUGGCCUAGUUAGAGCAAUUCCAGGAGAGGGAGCGAGUGCCAAACUCAAAGAAAUCCGUGAUAUUUUCUGACAACAUCAUUGCGUUGGGGUUUUGUAAUUGCAAAUUAAUUUUAAUUUCAUGGAGUAGCUGAUAAAAACACCUCUGUCUGGGUAUGCAGGAGGUCUACAUGUGUACAUAUGACAUAACAUGCCUUUCCAAUUAGCUACAAUUAAAUUACAAAGAGAGUUUGUGGAUGGUCCUUAAACAUCAGCAAAACAUGAAGUUUAGGUGCUGGGACCCCUAGGGAGGGGGGGCAGGUGAAGCCUAUUCAAUGAAAUCACCAAAAAAUGCAUUUGACUUUGUUACUCUGGCAAUGAAUUUGAAUAUCAUCAGCAAAGUCACUCUUCCCAGGUACCACUGGCUGCUGUAUGACUCAAUGCAGAGUCUGAGUCUGAGUCUGAGCUGUGUCACCUGCCAGGCUUAAGGCAGAGCUGCACAGAGGUAAAAAAAAUAAUUGGCGUUGUUCUGCAACAGAAGGGGGGCGGGGGGGGUGUGAGCUGGCUGCGCUGUCUGUCCGCUGUAUCCGCAGACCUGACUUCCCCUCACAGGGUGCCGGCCUCCUACAGUGAGACGUGUGUCUCUCUUCUCCAGUUGGCAGAAGCUUCUUCCCGUGGCUCCGUGUGACCUGUAGUGUGAAGAGGCAGCCUUUGGCCUGGCAGCCGCCGUGCUCGAGGUGUGCCUGCCCCCCCUCUGUGAUGUCUGGGCAGGCAUGGCUGUAUACCAAGCAAAACUGGGGUAAAAAUGUGAGAUGAUGCAGUACUUCAGUUCACCAUUUUCAUACAAUUGGAUGAAAACGCCAGUAAGGCAGCGUGUUCUGGUACUGUGCUCGUUCCCAUUUUGCCAAUCCAGUUCUUCCUCACCCAGACCUCAGUGCUUCAAUCAUCUUCAUUUAACAUCCUCUCACCUUCAGUAGUUUCAGCAUCUUAGAUGCAGGUGUGUACAAAAAGAUAUUCUGCUCCCAAACAAACUGAUGCUUCCUGUUCAUUACCAGACUUACUGUCCAGACCGGAGAAUUGUGCCAUCCCAUUAAACAGCACUGGUCCCAUAAUUUCCAUACCUUGAGCAAAGAGGAAGGAAGAUCAGACAAUGUUCCGACCCAUAAAUUGUUGUAGCCACAUUUAGAAUUCAGCGGUCUUGACAUUUCUGCUUUAAUGCAUCGCUGUUGCUGUGGAUUUAGCCAUGUUGCUAGUGUCAGGUCCGAAAUUAGCAGAUCUGCAAACGAACAUCCUUUAGCGCAUAAAUCUCCAAAGGAAUCGACCUAUAGAGAUGUAGGAUCUCAUGGAGCAAACGGGUUGCUAACAGACACCCGAAUGUGCCUCUAGCUUUCAGAACUGGAAUCUCGUAUAUCUGGCCACAUGUUGUCAUUGGCCCUUGCCCAAGCCUUGGCUUUUUUUGUGUUUGGAUGUCUUAAUGUUAAACGCUAUUUAAAAUUGGAAUUAUAAUUCAGAAAAAUUAUUUAGCGAGUCGGAGUGUUCAUUUAUCAGGCUUAAUUAAAUCACAGCAGUUCACACGCUCCUGCUGGGAGCGCAGGUGGUUCUGUACUCUGCCGCUGCUGUGGUCGGUGACGGUAGAGCGUGGAAGAGGGUGCUGUACCCUCAUAUCCAUCCCAUUUGGGGAGACUUCUCUGCUCUGGGUAAUUGACCUUGUGACGGGAAGCUGAUGCUUAAUAAUUCCUAAUCGUGUUACUUCCUCCUCAUUGUCUUUUCUCUCAAAAUUACUUUUUAAGUUUAAAUCACAACAUUCUUGGAAAUGAGGUAAAGGGAGCUAACUUUCUCCUGCAAAUGAAUGUGUGUUUGUUUUCUGUAACCUAUAAAUUAUUUUAAAGGGAACCAUUAUGAAAAGUGCUUACAGUUUAUACCAAUAUAUACAUGGUGCAUACAAUGUUCUACGAUAUAAUUUUAAUGAUUAUUUUGUGACAUCACCUAUCAUUACAAUCAGGUAUUUUUAUGGAAGUGGAUGUAUCACUGACACUCAUUUUGCUGUUUUCAAUGCAAUUUUGGCCUUAAAUAACAUUGGCAUUAAAAUCCUAUUCUGUUGUUUUGUUUUUUGUAACAUUAAAGUCAUUCCACUUGGAAGCAGUGUCUUGACCAUCAGCCCUUACCUUCGGUUCAUCCAGCUAGUUUCCCCGUAUAACGAUAGCAGCAUUUCUUAUGGGAAAGUCAGAGAUCCGAUCCCCUCUUGAACCCCAUUCUCAGCCACGAAACAACUCUGUCUCCACCAUUCGCAGCUUGUUCUUUGUGUUUUCACAGCCGUUGAGCCUGAUGACUUUAAUUUUAUUCCUCCAGUAGGGCCUACAGUGCCCAGCAUCUUGUAUGAGAUGAGGUGAGGGCAGUGGUUUGUCUAUUAGUGACAAGGCGUAAUUGUCAUUUUAAAACUCGAUGUUUGCAUUAUGUUUCUGCUUCACACGGUUGCUCUUUGCUUCCUCGGGGUCUGUCUGUUUAGUUUCCUGAUGGAGAAGUGAAGUUGUUGGAUGUGGUUAGAUGCUGAUGUACCUGUAAAACCUAUGUAUCGUUGUGAUCUGGUAUUUCGCAAUAGGUCCAAUAUUAUACAUAUAUAUAUAGAUAUACAUAGAUAAUAUACAUAUAUAUCUAAAACCGGGUGUUAAAUCAGAAUCUCUAGGAAGAUCAAGGGGGGCGCCUCUGGAUUUUGGGCCCUGUGAAAGCAUAUCAUACUGAGCUCCCAAACCAGACCAAUCGAAUCAUGUUUCAAGCUUUUUAGGGCUCCCAUUCACCCUUGGAAUCAUCCUAAUUAACCCCCCCCCCCCUUCAUGGUGCCCCUGAAGAUCAGGUAUAGUUCUGUUCAUAGAAUAGAAUAAAGUUAAAAAUAAUUAGAAAUCUUACUGUAUUUAACUGUUUUGUGGCCUUGAUACAUGUCGUCCUUGAUCAGCAUAUUUGAUGAGGUGUUUUGACAGGAUAAACCCUUUGGUAAUCCUACGCACACUGCUUCCACUAUCAGCCAAAACAAAAAGGGCUUCUCAGUGUGAUGUGCAGCCCACAGCAUAGACUAAAUACCAAAACUUCAAACUCCAUAUAUGGAGUUAGGGCAUUUUAAAUGUGUUUUGGUGUUUUUGUAUGCCUGUCUUCAUCUUCUAAUGGAUAUAUCAGCACUAUGUUAAAUACAUGCAAGGCAAUAUUAAGUGCUGUAAGAAUGUACUAGAGCACGCAACAUUUUAUAAUGCUGGAUCAUUUGUGUAUUUGUCAAUAAAAAAUUCCUAACCGGAA